GUAACCGCCGCCAGUAGCCAUGCGUAGUGCGUAAAUCGACUAUUUUUGUAUUAAAGUUUGGUUCGACAUUAAGUUGACUACUUUUUUUUUUAUUAAAAUAUUUCAAUGUUAUGAUGGGAUAUCUGAGUUAUUUGUCUGUUUUUUUGCUUUUAUCCAGCUUUAGGGUAUAUGAAUCUUGUUUUACGGAAGAAGAAACGGAAGUAGCAAAGGUAAAAUCGGGAAGUUCAUUUUUUCAAGAAUGCAGAUGUGACGAACCGGACCCUAAAGGCAAACAUUUAAAAUGGUUCGACAUAAACGAUCAAGAAAUCGUAACAUUAGGACCAGGUACGAAAUCAAACAUAUACACGGAAUGGCUGGACGGUGCAUUUGGAUUGUACAUUUCUAACGUAACUAAAUCAAUAUCAGGGGAAUACAAGUGUGUGACCAUUUAUAAUGGCCAACAGUACACGAGAACAUUUAACGUGGAAGCUUACGAUCCACCAUACUUCGUUAAUACGGCAGAAACACAGUACGUGGUUAACGGGAAAGAUGAAUUAGUUAUCUGUGAAGCUCGAGGUGAGACUGAUCCAUUUAUGAGCUGGCAUAAGAAUGAAGACGGUUUUAUUGAGAUAUCCGAUGACGACAAAUACGAAGUAAUUUCAUCACGAGGUCUCGUUAUAAAAAAUGUGACAAAAGAAGAUAGUGGAGUUUACAAAUGUACUGCAUCAGAUCUUGAAACCGGCGAAGGGAUCGAUAGAGAUAUCAAAGUUGUGGUAACAUACAUGCCUAUAAUAGACGGACUAAUAGCUACGCCGCAAGCAACUGUUGUCGUUGGUGGUUCUUUGACUAUAGAAUGUGCUGCAAAUGGCAUGCCUCAUCCUAAAUAUUUGUGGAGAAAGAUUUCAGAAGUCGAGCCGGCAGAUGUUAACGUGACUUGGCAUGAAAUUGCAAAUAGCAUUGUAUUCGAUAGCGUAGUUGCAAAUGAUAGAGGCGUCUACGAAUGUACCGCUUUUAACGAAGCUGGAAAUGCAACUAAAUUAAUAAGUAUCGACGUAUUAGUACCACCGGAAAUCACUGAAUUUAACAACGUCACGGUUAUUGAAGGUCAAACGGCCGAAAUAGCAUGCAGAGCGACUGGAAGACCGAGACCUAAGAUUAUUAUGAGCUUUCAAGGAGAGGUUGAUGAUGAUAUCAAGGGAGUGUCUUGGAACGAAUUGAACGCAAGUGACACCGAAACAGUAUUCCAAGUAAAUCUUAGUCAAGCACUUAUGAUCAAUCAGGGUUUUUAUUUUUGUAUUGCGAGUAACGAUGUUGACGUGACAAAUGAGACAAUGUAUUUGUCAGUAUUGCACAAACCAUAUUUCGAAACACUCUCGGAAACCUUGUGGGCUUGGGUCGGUAAAACUGUAAACUUAAGUUGCGAACACGAAGCCAAUCCUAGUUCACAAAUUGCUUGGCGAUUCCAAGGAAAUGAUGUAUCAACAAUAGAGCAAGUUGAAAUUAAUAAAAUUUUAGAAGAAAAAAUUAAAAAUCAUCCUGGACAGUUCUUACCAGUUGUUAUUGAUCAGCCAGUUUUCUAUGGCAACUAUGAAUGUUCAGCAAGGAAUGAAUAUGGGAUGAGUACGAAAACUAUAACAUUGCGAGAAGGAUUCGUUCCACCUGCUAUCAGAAACGUAACGAUAGUUGAAACAACGCCCACAUCUGCUACAUUCGCUAUCACCGGACCCGCCGAAGUAAAUGGUCCGGAAGUAAUCGGCUUCACGGCUGAAUACGACGAAUCAAACAACUACAAUAUCACUGAUAUCCACAUCAAUCGAACUUGGUCCAUACACAGACCAUACAAAGUGGACAAAUUGAAACCAAAUACAACGUAUUAUAUCAAGUUUGCAGCUGUGAACGACGUCGGCGCGGGCCAGUGGAGCGAAACUUUGGAAUUUAUUACUCUAGAGACAUUGGUUCCUGACCGUCCUGAAUGGGCAACGGAAUUUGAAAUCUUACUGGCCACUAGUGACAAUCAACGACUCUCUUGGAAGGUUCCAGAAAACAAUGGCGACCCCAUAGAUUACUACGCUAUACGUUAUUGUUCGCUGUUGGAUCCUGCUCUUGAUGUUCAAGAAGAGUCAUGCAAGGAAGAAAUCGUUGAAACUAAUGAAAUUCAAUUAACAGAUCUUCAAUACAAUACAACAUAUCGUUUGGAAUUACUCGCUCACAAUUCUCAAGGAAACUCUUCUGUAUCACAACUUUUACUUUUUGUACCAGAAGGUGACCUUUCUCCAGUACUUUCAGCAGGUGCAAUUAUAGCACUAUCAGUACUGGCAGUAUUUAUUUGCUUGUUACUGCUAGAUUUGCUGCUCCUAGUGUGGCGGAAACAAGGCAUUAUUGCUACUUGCUGUUACAAGAAGAAGAAUAAAAGGAAGGAGGAUACGCUUCGGUCAAAAGACAAAAAGGGACUACUGAAUAAUGGUGAGUCAUCUUCAGGUGAUAGUUUAAGGCACAACAGUGGUCAUAAAGAAUAUGAAUACGACAAGAAGACGGGAGUCAUCACGGGAAAACAUUCCGCCGUAUGAAUUAAGUACAUCAAUGUUGUACAAAAUUAUUUUUAAGUGUAAGUUAUGAUUCUACAGCUAACGGCCAAAUUAAUCCCUAAGUUCAUCAGAUUUCAUUAAAAAUAUUAAGUAAAAAUUCAUUCGAUAAG